AUGUCGGCUUUAAGUGGAUUCGACAGCGAGGUUGUAGGCUUUGAAAGUGUUGCACCAAUAAAAAAAUCGGGAAUUGAAAUAUCUACGCAAACAUGCGAGUUCAGUGAAUGCGGGGUCGCUUCGCAGACUGUUUUAUCCAAAGAUAUUGGUUGCAUGGCUGCUCCUGGAGAGCUGAACGCCGAUGACGGUGUCCCCAAGGAAUAUCCACCUUCAGGUCUCAAUGAUUUUCUGAGGAGAGUCGUGCCAGGUAUGAUGGAACAGUUGGAACAGAAUGAUAAAGAGAUGCUAUACAACUCGUCGGAUUCAGAAGACGAGGAGCCGGUUGCGGCAAAGCUUCUCCAAGAGAUGAAGGUCGAGGGCGACGGGCUGGGUGCUGGGGACCACCGGUCCUCGAUAUUAAGUGUAACUUGGAGCAGCGCUGGUAAUUCUUUAGCACUUUCCAUCGGUCAAACUCAACACGAGACUUGGUGUCAGAAUCCGGGCCUCAUAAAAGUGUACACCACGAAGCGAUCGGAAGGCGAUAAGUUGGUCCACAUGCUGGAUAUAUCCGAGAAGAACUGUGUUACUGUUCUUAAAUAUCAUCCGACUGUGGCCGCGCUUCUGGCGUAUGGUACGACUUCGGGCGAAGUUGUACUUUGUAACCUAACCAAUCCCAGUUCGAACUGUUACGACGAAGGCCUGACUUCUCCGUCAGGUUGCCAUGGAUCCAGACGCGUGUCAGCUCUCUACUGGGCUGACGCGACGUUAGCUAAUACGUUCCUGACUAUGCAGAUAAACUGCAAGGGGAGACGUCGAGGAGCUUCCGACCAAAUUUUAAUUUCGUCUGGAAGUGACGGUACUAUCAACGUUUGGCAGGUAAACGCAAACCUCAAGAUAUUCGAGAAUGUGGUUUGUUACACUUUGAACGCGGGAAAAAAUGCUCCAGAUAUAACCUGCUUUGACUUUAUCAAGAGCUUUCCCUUACGAGGGUACGAUGAGAGGAUCCUAGCGGACGUUUUUGCAGUCGGUACUAAAUCUGGAAGGCUGUAUUUAUGUAAAAUAAAGGCGCACGAGGAGGGCGAGGUUGAUCCUGUGUAUCAAGUGCUGGAAGGCCAUUCCUCCUGUGUGCUGGAAGUCGCGUUCAGUUACCAGAAGCCUGGCACCUUUGUUUCCGUCUCUAUGGACUCGGAAUUAAGGGUUUACAACAUCAAUCAACCCGGUCCGUUAAAGAUCUUCUGCCUCGACGUAGCAAUCAGUUGCAUGUCGUGGUUGGGACACGUUCCCUGCGUAGUUCUGGGCCUGACAGACUCGGAGAAAGAAGCCCUGCGCGGGUACAACGUGUCGAGCGGGAAAGUCGUUCCAAUCGAGGGUCUGCUCGGCGGAGGCUGCGUUACCUGUGUUGCCGUCAGUCAGAGUGGGUCCUGCAAGAUAGCAGCGGGAGACAGCGAUCACACUCUGCGCGUUUGGGAGCUGCCCGCGCGUCGCAUCAAGUUUACGUCGGACAGCUUAGAUCUUUAA